AUGCUGACUUUUACUUCGGAGGAGGUCCGCCAGCUCCUGCACAACAAGUUUGUGGUCAUCAUGGGCGACUCGAUCCAGAGGUCUGUCUAUAAGGACCUGGUCCGCCUGCUCCAGACAGACUCGUUGCUCACCAGCGCCCAAAUGAAGGCCAAGGGUGAGCUUCACUUCGAAAACGACCACUUGCUGGAAGGCGGUGUGCUGGGCGGCCUUCACAAUGGGACGAACUACCGGGAGGUGCGCCAGUUCCACCAGCGCCACCAUCUCGUCCGCUUCUACUUCCUCACCAGGGUCUAUUCUUCCUACUUGGAAAGCAUUUUGGAGCAUUUGCAGACCGGGCCGCAGCCGGACCUCGUCAUCCUCAACUCUUGCGUCUGGGAUGUCUCAAGAUACGGCCCGUCCUCCAUGAAGAAAUACCGCUCAAACCUGCAGAUGGCCUUCAACAGGUUGGACGCCGCGUUGCCCUCAUCCUGCCUGGUCAUCUGGAACAUGACGAUGCCCCUGGGCCCCAAGGUGACCGGGGGAUUCCUCAUCCCAGAGCUCCAGCACUUGAGCCAGACCCUUCGCAACGAUGUCAUCGAGGGCAACUUCUACGGCGCCACCUUGGCCGGCCUCCACCUCUUUGACGUGGUGGACCUCCACUACCACUUCCGCUUCGACCUGGGCAACCGGGUGAAGGACGGCGUCCAUUGGAACAACGUGGUGCACCGCCGGAUCACCCACUUGCUCUUGGCCCAUACGGCUGACGCUUGGGGAGUCGUCAUCACGGAGAAGAGGCUACGGGGAGGUGAGUGGCCGGAUCUUGACCGUUGGAUAGACCUGGUGCAGGACAGGAAGCCAUCCGUGACCUUCAACUUCCGACCUGGGCCGCCAUUGUCACCUGUGUGUGGUCCUUCCUGGAGAUUCCCGGAGGAUCGCAACACCCAUCAGCCUCAUCCUGACUUCUUUGCAUUUCAUGACGAUUCCCUCCUCGUUCCUACUGACUAUGGAUUAAACGAACCUUUCUCGGGAUUCACCAACUUUGAGGACUCCUGCCUUCCACCGUUCCAGCUGGAUGGUGAGUUUGGAGGCCGGUUCUUACCUUUCUCUUGUGGUUCUGGCUUCCCACCUCUCAGAACCACGUUCAGUAUCCAUUACAGCCAAGUUUCCCACUUUUGCAACUCUCUGGAGCUUAUAGGGCAUUUAGAGUGGAUGACAACGUCGUCUGUGCACUUUAGUGACAUCUUAUCUAUCCACGUUCCUUUGUCCCAACACUACGAGUCUGUUUGUCUUCCCACAGCUGUUGCCGUGGACCGCUUCUGCCGUUUCGAGAGGGUGGACCCCAGCUUCUUCUCCUACGAUGCCGAAAACGUCCCCCCGAGGCCCGGCCGCCGGCGCAAGAGGGUUCCCCGUGCCGUUGAGCACCGCCACAACCUCGUCAUGCGCCCGCAGUCCUUCUACGCCCAGGACUAUAGCCCGUAUAAGAGGGGCCACAGAGCCACUUACGAGCGCUAUUGGAGCUAGGCCGGGCUUGGGAAAGGGAAAAGAUUCAUGCCUUGUCAUCCACGUCGAGGUUGAUUUGGUCCUUUGUAUCAAUGUGCGACAAAGCGUGGGGCAUGUGCGCACCAUCGGCUUUGUUGCAAGUUUGCAUGGCUGGGAGGUUCAGUUGAUGGUUGGG